CUUCAAUAUGGGCACCGAAAACGACGUCGUAAUUAAGAUACUGUGCCGAAGGCUGCUGAUUUUGAAGGAGCCCGGCGUGCAAUGGCUGAUCGGUUCUCCCUUCCUGCCUUUUCUCACCAUCACUUCCACCAUCCGAUGCCUCCAUAUUCUUCAAGCCGAUCCCCUUUCCGUCGACCUCUCUAAGGAAUCUGAUGAAAUCAGGAGUCUUCUUCCAAGGGGUUUUGAAGUUAUUGGAGCAGUGUUUGUCCAUAAUAAUAAUGAACUGAAAGCAGAGAAAGUUAUCCAUAAUGCUAUCUCAGCUGUUAGGAAUUUUAGGAAGACGGUUUAUGGUGAUGACAAUGAAUCUCAGGAGGUGAUUGGGGCUGUAUUGGAUCUGAACAAUGGCAGUAGUGAUCGUGAUCUGCAGUUUUUCAUAUCUAGGAGGGGUCAUCCCAGUAGUUUAGUAAAAGUGUGCACUGUUAUUUAUGAGGAUCAUCCUGAGAAGAAAGUAUGGGACAGAGGUUGUAUUGUUCGUUGCGAACUUCCUGUGAAGUUGCCUUUGUAUUAUUCUUCAACUAAUACCAAUGAUGUUGAAGGUGUGUAUGCAAGAGCUAUUGAAGACGUGGAAAGAAAACUCAGGGAUCCCGAUGUUGCUUUUGUUAUAGAAGCCCAAGAUAAACCUUCAUUAGGUGGAUUGCCGCCAAUCAUUAUUCAUGGGAUUGAUCUUCCUGCUGAGCUUCCAGACAACGCUUUUAUAAUUGAAUCUGCUGAAGAGUCUCUUGUAAAAUCCCUCAGAUGUUCAUACUUUUUCUCGGAAAGUAAGGACAUUGCAUCUUUUUCCUCUGUGGAGGAGGAUGUCGACAAAAUUCUGGUCAGCAUCAUGUUUAAUAUGUCAAGAAGUGAGAAACCUUCUGCACCUCUUGCUGAAUAUUAUCCAGCAAAUGGAGCAGCUAAGCUUUUAGUAGUAAAUCAUAAAUUAGAAGUUUUGUUAUAUGCUACAAAGGAUUUGCUUCUGACUGAGAUGGUUUCCAAGUUACUUGUUCCUGGGCUAGUUGAUCAGUUACACUCGUUGAAGAACAAGAUAUUGCCAAAUCUCUUGAAACAACAUCCACGGCUAUCUCCAUAUCACUUUGUUCCUCCUGGCUUUCUUCAUCCUAUCACUGCUUUAUAUGAACUUAGAUAUGGAGAGACAGAAUUGGAACAAGUUGAAGUUCGAAGAUCCCUCCAUUUGAGACUUGGGUUACCAUUUGAUCGCCCACUUUUAAGAAUUGCAAACGCGAUAAACUUAUCUUCAGUAAAGGAAAACACAAGGGGCAAAUCAAUUCCAAAGGGCUCCUAUUUGCUGAAAGAUGUUCAUCUUGGUAUUCCAAGCAGCGGAGUAUCUGGUGGUUAUGCCUCUCUAAUUCAAGGUUCUUAUGAAUAUUAUCAUUACCUCCAAGAUGGAUUUGAUGAUUCUGGUUGGGGUUGUGCUUAUCGUUCUCUUCAAACUAUCAUUUCAUGGUUCAGGCAACAACAUUACACUUCCGUUGAUGUCCCUUCACACAGAGAAAUCCAGCAAGCACUGGUAGAGAUUGGGGAUAAAGACCCUUCAUUUAUUGGGUCACGUGAAUGGAUUGGCGCCAUUGAGUUGAGCUUUGUUCUGGACAAGCUACUCGGUGUCAGUUGCAAAGUCAUCAAUGUGAGGUCUGGAGCUGAGCUUCCCGAGAAAUGUCGCGAGCUUGCUUUGCAUUUCGAGACUCAAGGAACGCCCAUAAUGAUUGGUGGAGGGGUACUCGCAUACACCCUAUUGGGUGUCGACUACAAUGAAGUGAGCGGAGAUUGUGCAUUUCUCAUACUCGACCCCCACUACACGGGCGGGGAAGACCUGAAGAAAAUAGUGAACGGCGGGUGGUGUGGAUGGAAAAAGGCUGUGGAUAGCAAAGGUAAGCAUUUCUUCCUACAUGAUAAAUUUUACAAUCUUUUGCUUCCCCAGAGGCCUAAUAUGGUUUAGCUUAGUCGAGGUUCGCACAUAGGAAAAUAUGUUUUGUAUGUUUAAGGUGAUAAAUGUGGAGGGUCAUUUUUUGCUCAUUUCAUCCUAUCCUAUCCUAUCCUUUUUUUUGAGGAUCAAUGAAUAGAUGAACUUAGAGAUCACAAGAAUUUGACACAUUUAUAGCACCAUGACAAAACCUCUUUUGCGAAACUUCUUCCAUUUCCGAGUGUUAUAUUGAUUACAUAUUAUGGAUGUGCUGAAGAGGGUUAAAAUAUAGGUUGAACUUUAGUACAAGAACAUUGGUUUCUGUUUAGGUGUGUUUGUUUGGGGUUUUGGAUAAAAAUAAAAAUUGUAUUUUUUUUUCUCUGUGAUGAAUAAUUGAAGGGUGUAUGUAUUUGUCCAUAAGGUGUAUUUUGAAUAUCUUUAAAUAAAAUUAAUAUUAUUUUAUAAUC